AUGACAGUGCUGCAGGGGGAUUCUGCUGCAGCAGCAGGCCUAUUAAAGCCUAAUGGUUGGGCAGAGUUGCUGUCGCGUGUGGGGGCCCCCCAGGAGGGGCCCCCCCCAUUGCUGCAGCGUAUACAUGCUGCUGCAGUGUCUGCUCAGGCAGCAGCAGCAGGAGGAGGGAAUCUAGGAGGCGGUGAAUCUAACAGCACGAACAGCAGCAGCAGCACUACCAACAGCAGCAACAGCAGCAGCAGCAACAGCAGCAGCAGCAAGGAUCUAUUAGACUCCUUGCUUCCUGCUGCAGCAGCAGCAGCAACCUGUGGGGCCCGUGACAGUCUAUCUGUCUCCCUUAAUCGUUAUAUGAGGGAAUAUAGGAGAAUAAAGGCACAAGGUUUAUUAUCUGAUGGAUUUUCUCUCCUUGAGGCCCCUGCUGCUGCUGCUGCUGCUGCUGCUGGUACUGCAGCAGCAGCAGCAACAGGUGCUGCUGGUGCUGCUGCUGGUUUGGGGAUUUACGGCGUUGGAAGUACUGCUAUAGAUGCAGCAGGAGGUGCAGCAGCAGCACAGCAGCAACAACAGCAGCAACUGCAGCAGCAGCAGCAGCAAGAAGCAUUUAUAGGUAUGGAUAGCAGCAGCAGCGGCAUAGAUGUUGCUGCCUUUCAUUGCAUGCGCCGUCUAUACACCAGAGCAGCAGCAGAAGCCCUCAGCAGCGCAGCAGCAGCGCAGCAGCAGCUUCUUGCUGCAGUAGAGAUGGAGAGAGACCUCUGCUGCUGGGCAGCAACAAAGGCGUCUCUUAUGCAGCAGCUAGCGCUACCUGCAACAGCAGCAGCAGCAGCAACACCAACAGCAGCAGCAGCAGCAACAGAUAGUCUUUUAUACGCAGAUGGGGCCCAUAAAGGAAGUCUGUGUCUGUUAGGGGGCCCCCAAGGGGGCCCCCAAGGGGCCCCCCAGGGUCCCCUUGAGCCUCACCCUCUGCUGACAGCACAAGAGCUGCAGCUGCUGUAUGCAUUGCCUGUGCUGCAGCAGCUGCAGCAGCAGGAGGAUGGUCGUGGUUUGCUGCUGUUGCUGCAGCAGUUACCUGCCGCGGCGGCGGCAGCAGCAGCAGCAGCAGCAUUAGAACAAGAGAGGCCAACAGCAGCAGCAGCAGGAAGUGCUGGUCCUGCAUUACCUCAUGGUAGCUGCAGCUUUUCUGCUGCUGCUGCUGCAGCAAUAGCAGCAGCAGCAGCGGAUCCGUCUUCUGCAGCAAUCCAUCAUCAGCAGCAACAACAACAACAGCAACAACAGCAGCAACAGCAACAGCAGCAGCAGCAAUCUGUCUGCAUGCGCGAGUACGGAGACUAUCCCCCUUUGCUGCCCUUUAUAUGCAGGCAGCUAGUUGUGCUGCUGCUGCAGACAUCUAUGUCUGCUGUUCUUCGUAAUGCAGCAGAUAAAGAGGGACAAACUGCAGCAGAUGCACUGCAUGCAUUUGCUGCUGCUAUGCCUAGUGCUGCUGCUCUUUCUCCAGCAGCAACAACAGCAAGAGGAUGGAGUGAUUGCUUCGUGCUGCACCCCCCGCCACAGCAGCAGCAGCAGCAGCAGCAACAGCAGCAGCAGCAGCAGCAGGAAGCAGCAGAGAGGACCGAUCCUCAUUUGCUGCUGCUGCUGUCUUUGCUGCGCCCUGAUCUUUGGCCUCCUCUUAAACUAUCAGAGACACUACAGCAAGUGACACAGGAGGACUUCCUGCAUUACCGUUUAAUGUUGCUAUUAGCUCAAGAUCGUCAGCAGCAGCAGAAGCAGCAACAGCAGCAGCAGCAGCAGCAGCAGCGUGAGGGUUUGCUGCUUCGUGGUCUCCGUUCCCUCUUAGGUAAGGUAAAGUUACAAGGUCCUCAUUUCUUUGACCCCCAGCAGCAGCAAAUAGAUCUAGCAGCAGCAGCAGCAGCAGCAGCAGCAGGAGGAGGAGGAGGUCAUGUACAACACCCUCAUCUGCUUCUACUACAGCAGCAGCAGCAGCAGCAGCAGCAGCAGCAAGGAUGGACAGACCCGCAGCAGCACCUUGCUGCUGCUCUGCAUCGUGUGGCGAUGUGUUUGCUGCUGCUAGCCUUUAAGUUUGGUUGCUUUGAGUCUGCUGCGCUGCUGCAUCUAUCUGCUGAAUCUUUGCAUGCAGCAGCAGCAGCAGCAGCAGCAGACACAGCAUGCGGUGUAUUAGGUAGAAUAGGAGGAGGAGCAGCAGGAGGUUUUGCUGCAGGAGGUUUUGAAGCUGCUGCUGCUGCUGCAGCAGCAGCAGCAGCAACAGGAUCGUCAUCAUCAUCAACAACAGCAGCAGCAGCAGCAGCUGCUGCUGCUGCUGCUGCAGCAGAAGGUGGUGGGGGCCCCUGGUCUGAUGAAUCCUGGGCCCUUUUAUGGCAAGAAAGGGGGGCCCCCUCUUAUGUGUCUCUUUAUGAUUACCUGUCCCUUUAUUUAUUUGCUGCAGUAGAGGAUAACUUGGGGUGUACAGACACCUCAUCCUUGCAUGUAGCUAACUGUCUCCUUUUUGCAGCAACAGCAGCAACAGCAGCAACAGAUACAUCUAUCUCUUCCUCUCUACAGCAGCAACAGCAACAGCAGCAACAGCAGCAACAAUUGCUGCUGCGCUGCACACCAAGGCAGCAACUACUGUCUCUUCUUCUCUCCUCUAUUAAGAAGGGACUACAGGGGACAGAUCCAUUAGCUACUCUUGCUGUUCUUAAUCAGCAGCAGCAACAGCAGCAGCAACAGCAGCAGCAACAGCAGCAGCAGCAGCAGCAGCAGCAGCAGCAGCAGCAGCAAGGUGUUGGCUAA